AUGCCGCUCUCCCUCAACCUCGAGGACACGCACGUCCUCAUCACCGGCGGCGCCGGCCUCAUCGGCCUCGCCGUCGCGCGCGCCUUCCUCUCCGAAGGCGCCCACGUCUCCUCCCUCGACAUCGCCUAUAACCCCCCGCCGGACCUUUCCUCGGACGACGAGGAAGAAGAAGAAGACCGCGAAACCGACUACACCGGCCCCGGCACCCUGCACGAGUACCACGCCGACGUCGCGGACGAGGCGUCGCUCGCGCGCGCGUGGCGCCGCGCCGUCGCCGAGAACGGGCCCGUCGCGUGCUGCGUCGCGCUCGCCGGGCUGGACCUGAGCGUCUUGCGGCAGGCGGGGGCGGCGGGGGCGGCGGCGUCGACGUCGUCGUCGUCGCCGUCGUCGUCGUCCGAGGGGGAGGGGUCGGUGGAUGGCGGGAAUGGCGGCGGCGGCGGCGGCGGCGGGGUGGUGGAUGUCAGCGUCGCGCGGUUCCGGCGCACGCUGGACGUCAACGUGGUGGGGGCGUUUCUGACGGCGCGGCAGUGGCUGCGCGGGAUCCGCGACGCCGAGGGCAGCUGGGAGUAUUUGGAGAACGCGUGCCUGGUGCUCGUGGGGAGCGAGAGCGCGUGGUGGGGCGAGCGCGGGGGUGCGGAUUAUGCGGCGGCGAAGAGCGCGGUGCAGGGGGGGUUGAUGAAGAGCUUGGCGGCGGAGGCGCCGAGGGUGUAUGGGAAGGCGCGUGUGAAUGCUGUGGCUCCAGGACCUGUCGACACGGCAAGGUUUAGGCAAGAAUGCGCCGCGAACCCUGAGCAGCUGUGGUUGGAUGCACAGGCCACGACUGGGCUGGGGAAGCCGGUUCCAGUGGAAGCUGUAGCCAGGAGUAUACUCUUCCUCUCGAGCGACACCUUCAGCAGCCAUGUCCACGGCCAGGUGCUCAAUGUGGAUUCUGGAAAGCAGGGAAAAGUCCUUUGGCCAAAGGAGGACAUAGCGGAUCUUGAGUCAUCCUCGCAGUCGGAAACGUCAGAAGAAGAUUGA